AUGGUACUUGAUGACCACCUUAUAAAGACUAUAUCAAUACGUGGUUCAGCUUUUGUAAAGCCGAUAAGAAAUGAAGUGAACGAGUGGUUCGAAUUGGUUAACCGUAUGAAUAUGACACUGGAAGAAUGGGCAAAAGUACAGAUACAGUGGCUUUACCUUUUGCCAAUAUUUAGUUCUAAAGACAUAGUUGCUCAAAUGCCGGAAGAAGGAUCUUUGUUUGAUGAAAUCAAUGUGGUUGUUAAAGGAUUGUUAGGUAUGGUUAAUUCAGAUCCGUUAGCUACUGAAUGUAUAGGACAAGAAGGUGUAUUAGAAUCAUUAAAGAACUGUAAUGAUAUGAUGGAAACUAUAAAUGCAGGAGUAAAUAACUAUUUGGAGAAAAAACGUUUAUACUUUCCAAGGUUUUUCUUUCUUUCGAAUGACGAAAUGUUAGAAAUUUUAUCGGAAACUAAAAAUCCCAAAAAAGUUCAGCCUCAUUUAAAAAAAUGUUUUGAAGGAAUCGCUAAACUAGAGUUUAGUAAAAAUUUAGAAAUUUUAAAACUUUUAAGUAGCGAGGGUGAAGAAAUUGAACUUAAUCAAUUUAUUUCGACUGUGGAAGCAAGAGGAAGUGUAGAAAAGUGGUUGAUUCAGGUAGAAGAACAAAUGAUUAUAUCAAUUAAACUAUGUAUUGAAAAUGCUUAUAAAGAAUAUCCGACUAUAAAACGAACUCUGUGGGUACAAAAGUGGCCAGGUCAAUGUGUUUUGUGUGUCACUCAAAUGUAUUGGACUGCAGAAGUUCACGACGUAUUUAACGCUCAUGAAGUUGGAAAAAUGCGAAAUUAUCAUUUAUUUUUAACUAACCAAUUGAAUAAUAUCGUUGAUUUAGUACGUGGUAAAUUAAGCAAGCAGACAAGAAUAUCCUUAAGUGCAUUAGUCACGUUAGAUGUUCAUUGCAGAGAUGUUGUUGAUGAUUUGGUAAAUAAUAACGUUUCUCACCAUAUGGACUUUAAAUGGCUGAGCCAGUUAAGGUAUUACUGGAAAGAUGAUGUAUUGGUUUGUAUUACCAACGCAACUGUAUAUUAUGCAUACGAAUACCUAGGUAAUACGCCUAGGCUUGUGAUCACUCCUUUAACAGAUAGAUGUUAUCGCACCUUAAUCAGUGCUUAUCAUUUACAUUUAAAUGGUGCUCCUGAGGGACCAGCUGGUACUGGGAAAACAGAAACAACGAAAGAUUUAGCAAAAGCUUUGGCCGUGCAGUGUGUGGUGUUUAAUUGCUCCGAUAGUCUUGACUACUUGGCAAUGGGAAAGUUUUUUAAAGGAUUAGCUUCAUCUGGAGCUUGGGCUUGUUUUGAUGAAUUUAACCGUAUUGACAUCGAAGUAUUGUCAGUUAUUGCUCAGCAGAUAUUAAGUAUUGUUCAAGCAGUGAGAUCUAAUGUUGAAACAUUCAUGUUUGAAGGCACUGAACUUAUAUUAAACCCAAAAUGUUAUGUGUGUAUUACUAUGAACCCGGGAUACGCUGGGAGAUCCGAACUUCCUGAUAACUUGAAGGUUCUCUUUAGAACUGUGGCUAUGAUGGUACCGGAUUAUGCAAUGAUUGGAGAAAUAUCGUUAUAUUCCUACGGAUUUGUGAAUGCACGAGAAUUAUCAGUCAAGAUUGUAACAACUUAUAAAUUGUGCUCCGAGCAGUUAUCAUCUCAAUCGCAUUAUGACUAUGGUAUGCGAGCUGUUAAGACUGUUCUUAUAGCAGCUGGCAAUUUAAAAAUGAAAUUUCCAAAAGAUGAUGAGUCAGAACUAUUACUCAGAUCUAUUUUGGAUGUGAAUUCUGCAAAGUUUUUAAGUAAAGAUGUUCCUUUAUUUAAUGGAAUCAUUUCUGAUCUAUUUCCUGGCGUUCAAAUGCCAAAUCCUAAUUAUAAAAAUUUGAUGAAUGCUGCAAAUAUUGUGUGUGCAAAGAUGCAAUUACAACCAAACGAUAACUUCAUGGAAAAACUAAUUCAAACAUACGAAAUGAUGGUGGUGAGGCACGGAUUUAUGUUAGUAGGCAAUCCAUUUGGAGGAAAGACAUCAUUGCUUCAUUUACUUGCAGAAACGUUGAGUUUACAGAAUCAACUUGGUCAAGGUGAAGAAAAGGUUGAAUAUGAAACAGUCAAUCCCAAAGCGUUGACUAUGGGUCAGCUUUAUGGAUGUUUUGAUGACGUUUCACGUGAAUGGUCCGACGGUAUUGUGGCUAACACAUUUAGAGCGUUUUCAAUGGCAGAGACUUUAGAUAGAAAAUGGUUGAUUUUCGAUGGUCCUGUUGAUGCAGUUUGGAUAGAAAAUAUGAACACAGUAUUAGAUGAUAAUAAAAAGUUGUGUCUAGUUUCUGGUGAAGUAAUAAGUAUGCCAGAUUGUAUGUCUAUGAUAUUUGAAGUAAUGGACCUUAAUCAGGUAUGGAUAUAUGAUUUAAGGUUCUGUCAAACAGAAAGGGUUGUUUUGUAA